UGGGUGUUGCCUCACGCCUCACUGGUGAGCAAAACUAAACAGUGUACAGGAGACAAGAUUUUCUUUGGAUUAAUAAAUCUGAAUAUUUAUUUCAAAAAGAAAAGGGUUGAUUAUUCCUAGAUAUUCUGGGAGCAAGAAUAACCUUUGCAUUGAAACCAAAUGAUUAUUAAUACAGCAUUUUGAGAAAAAGUGGAAGAGCUCAAAGUACAGAUCGGCUUAAAACAAGACCAGUCAUGUUAGCUGAAGGGUUUCUCACAAGGAUUAGUUACGGCUUCCAUGAAAGUGAGCGUGUCCGGCCAGAUGACUGUGCAAACUCCAGCAAUAAACCUAAAACUAGCAGCAGUUCUUGGGAAGAGCUCGUUGUCUCACUGGACUGUGCAGAAAGUGUUGAAGAAGAAAAUACACAGAGUGAAUCAAGGAGCUCAGCUACCACCAGUGAAGAGAAGGGAAGGCCAACAUUGACUCAAAAGGAAGAGGAACCAACCAGUGUGAAUACCUGGGUACCUUUAUAUAAUAGGAUAACAUCUGACAGUUUAGACAUACCAAAGGACUCUGUACGCAUUAAAGCUGAGGUGGAUUUGUACCAGUCUUGGUCCACCACUUGCAGGAGCUACACUGAUCUGCAGAUGGUUGGAGAUAAUGCUACACCUUACAGUCCAACUAGCUCAUCCACUUAUCUGACCAAUGAUCAUGAAAGUAAUUGGCCCAUCUUUCACAUCAACAAUGCAUCCAUGUGGCCACAAUUGCCUGCCUCCAAUUGUGAAGGCCCACGAUGUUAUAGAUCAGAUAUGUUUCAUCACAGUGAUAGAAGCAUUGUCCUUCAGAAAGAACCAUUAUCCAACUCUGUGAUCAACAACUACAUGGAACAAAAGAUCACUGAGCUCUAUAAGCAGUACCUGGAAGAUAGCAUGACAAAAUAUGCCUCACCAACUAACAUAAUGGGCUCUCAUUUUCUGAUGACCAACAUUGAUCAAAUUAGUCUGCAGAUCUCUCAAGAGAAAAAUAUGGAACCCACAAAAGCAAAGGAUAUUGUUCUCAAUUGCCUUCUCAGUGUUGCUUGUGCAACAAAUUCAUCUGAUAUCUGUACUCCUAAUUUGCAGAUAUCAAAUUAACUGGCCAGAAAAUUCUCAAAGUUCAUAUUACAGAGCUGUAAAUUGAAUAUUUUAUGAAUUAGUUUUAAAGUCUGCCUUGUGACUGGAUGACUGGCCCAAAUCAGAACAAUGACUUUCCAGAAUGCUAAUGAGUAUCAUUUAACACAAUGCCUGUUUGCCUUUCACCGUGGCAACCAGUUGAAGAUGUUUAAGCAACAAACAGCUGGUGGCUCUCAGUAGGUGUAACAAAUGGUUUUUGUUUCAGGACAAGACCCUGCAACAGGUCACCUGAGGCUCUGAUAAACGGGUUUGAGCCGAAAUGUUGACAAUACCUUCCCCUCACAAAUACUGCUCAAUCAACUGAUUGUUGCUCCAGAUUCCUCACCUAUAGUCCUUUCUGUCUCAAAAUGCUUAAUCUGUUGGAUAAUGCCGGACUCCUCUGUUGUAGAU